UUCUACCAUUCUUCAUGUUCAUCAAUCAACCAUAUACAAUACAUAUAUAUAUGGACAAUUGUCGAAAAUAUUAGGCUAGCCAUUACAAUUGCCCCAUCAAAACUCUGCUAUAAACUAACCAAAUGGCUGCUUCACAUCACAACAUCCCAUCUCCGCCGCCUCCGGCGUUUAAUGGAAGUACUGGGUUCAUGCCCACGCGCCGCCGCAAGAUGAUGAUGCACAUGACCUUCUUCUGGGGCCACAGCGCCGAGGUUCUCUUCUCGGGUUGGCCCGGCCGCGACAACCCAGUCAUGUACGCCCUCUCGCUGCUCUGCGUCUUCGUUCUCGCCGUCCUCGUCGAGCUGCUCUCCCACUGCAGCUUCUUCAAGCCCGGUGCGAACGGCGUCGCGGUGGGGUUUCUGCAGACUGGUCUCUACACACUGCGCUCCGGGCUGUCUUAUUUGGUGAUGCUCGCCGUCAUGUCGUUUAACGGCGGUGUUUUCCUCGCCGUGGUGGCGGGGCAUGCUGUCGGGUUUUUGCUUUUCGGGAGCCGGGCUUUUAAGAAGUCGGACGGGUCGGGUAUUGAUAGACAGGCGAGUCUUCCUCCCAUGACGUGCGGAUAAUAACGAUUCUUGGGUGGGUUUUAAUUUUCUUUUUUCUUUUUCUUUUUUUUCUUUUUGUUGUAAAUUUAUGAAAGGGUAUCCUUUUUUUAAUUUAACUUUCUCUGUGUUCUGCAUGUUAAUUUACAAGCUAUA